GUGGGGAUCUCGGACCGGCCAGAACAGCGAAAGGCCGUUUGCAGUUAUUGCGGGCUCAGCCGCAGCUGGAUGCCGCUCAGGUACCGUUAUCCGCUCGUUGCACCGUUGACAAAGAUGAUAUCAGCUGAGUAGAAUAGAGGCUGCGAUGGAGUAAGCACCAAGCAGGUUCGUGGAUUCUGGAGCACAUGAACAUAUAAUAGAGUCAAAGUUCCUUACUCUGAAGCUUCCACUUGCAAUAAUCACUACAGCAGUGCAUCGUCAAGCGGAUAUGACAAGGCCUGCCCAACUCGCACUGGUGCUGGCCCUCAUUGGCCGAGUAGCGGCCUCGUGCCCCGGCUGGUCCGACAACUGCUCCGCAAACCCAAGCCCGCAGCGUCGCUCCAACGAUUUCAACUUCCACACCGAAACAUGCAACCUCAAGUGGAAAUACGACUGCACCGCCCGCAGCCGAGGCGGCGAGCUGCAGCAGAAACCGCCGGCUUUCUCGUUGUGCAAUGCGUGGGGCGAGCCGGCCGGGCUGCUGCCCGUUGACGCCUACACACUGGCGAUGCAGAAAAACGACUUUGCCCCGGACUCGGCCCAGAUGACGCUGCACGGCCUGUGGCCUGGAUCGGAGAACGGCAGCGGGGCGAAGAACCAGCCAUACGGCUGCCAGAAUGGCGAGGAAUUUGACGAGGCGAUCCUCGAUACAUUUGAUGGCCUGCUGAGCUACUUUUGGCCGACAGACCCACAGUACAACAACACAGUGCAAUGUUUCAUUCUGUCUGAGUGGAUGAAGCAUGGCACCUGUGCGGUGAUCCCUGGUCAAGAUGGUGCAGCGUUCCGGCUGCCGCAGGAGGCCUACUUCCGCACGGCGUUUGUCAUGGCCAAUGAGUUCAACGCAAACCAGGUGCUGCGCAGGCAGCUGCAGAAUCUGCAGCCUCUCAUUAGCACCCGCUGCGUGCAAUGCGCGUAUCUGGCAACUGUUAGCUGGACCGAGACCAGCGUGGCGAGCGUGCCGCGCAUGUCAGGCGAUUGCGUUGACCAGUGCUUUGCGUGCGGUAACCACUGGGACACGUGUGUGCCCGCGCAACUGGUCAGUACUGUGCCGCUGGACGCCGGUAACGCGCCGCUCGUGGAGAACAGUGGGAGUAGCAGUGACGUCAAUCUGCUGGAUUUUACUAUGCCGGCCUUCAUGAACAGCAGCAACACGUCCCCCUGGGAGGGUACGUGGCGCUCGUUUGGCGCCGAGCAGGAUGGGUCGGGCAAGUUCGAGUUCAUGCAGAACUUCACCGACAACGUGCAGACUGUGACCACCGACAGCCCGUAUCCCCAGACAUGCGCCUACGAACAGACCGGCCUUGGCCAGCUGACACUGCGGUGCGGCGGCGACAAGCCGCACGUGGAGGACUGCCUGGUGCAGCGUCUGCCGGAUGUCGGCGGGCUCGAGGCAGGCUUCCUGGCGUGCAAUCACAGCGGGCAGCCCGCGCCGGCGAGCUUCUACGCCGCCAUGGACACGCCCGGAUGCGGUAACUUUCUCAUGUUCCGCGGCAAGGCUGCGGCAGCGGGCCGUGCCGUGUCUCCGGAUGUGGCCCCCGGCAAUGCGUCGGCGCCUGAGAGCAUGGCGCUGCUGGGUUCGUGGCGCUCUCUGCAGGUAUCCAGCGGCCACCAAGAGGGUCUCGCGCAGUGGAACUUCACUGCCGAUGGCCAGGCGGCGCUGCAGUGGCCAAACUACCCCGACCGCGGCGUGCAGCGCUACGCUGUGUCGCACAAGGACGGCGAUGCCAGCGUGGUGCUCCUGGCUGGCACCAACGGCACCGUCGCCACCUGUCGCUUCGAAUUCCAGUACCAGCCCGUGUACUCGUAUGCUGUGCUUGACUGCGAGGCGUCGAGCCCUAACAACACGCUGCACAGCACGCAAUGGGCCAUGGGCCGGUGCAACCCGUGUAGCGCCCACUGCCGUUACUCAUGCGACGCCGACAACGACUUCUGCGGCGCCGGCACGUGUGACCCGGCCGAUGAAGCGCAGACACCACCGCCUCGCUAUACGAACGCGACAUUCGAAGACAGCCAGCCCUGGUGCUCGCCCCAGGACGCCAGCUGCUGGCCCACCACCGAGGCCAUCCGUCAGCUGGAGGAGGCGCUGGACCCAACGGUGCCCCGGCUCGGCGUGCAGUGGAGCAGCUACCCGCAGCCGCAGCCCGCGCCGGUACCAGUGGGCGCCAUCAACAAUCAGUCCUUCUACGGCCUAGGCAGCAGCCCCAACGGCCUCGCAGCGCUCUACUACUACGAAGAUGUGCGUGAGAUGCAGCGCCCGUGCUUCCCCCAGGCCGGUGGUCCAGCCGUGUGGAACACAGUAUCGGACAUGUGCAAGGCGGCGCUGCACCAGAACGAGUACCGCGAUUGGAACCCCUUCAUUGUUGUGUUCCCUCUCAAUGAGCGCCAUGUCGCCGCCGCCCUCAGCUUUGCCGCAAACCACCGCCUGUGCAUCGCCACAGCCGGCACCGGCCACGAGUACCUCAGUCGCAACUCGUGCCCGACGGGCGGCAUCCUGAUCCGGACCAUCCUGCUCAAGGACAAGACUUUUACGCCCACGUGGGACGAGGACCCGGCUCUGGCGCCCGCUGGCGCCUUCCGCUUCGGCGCCGGCGCCAUCUUUGCCGAGAUGCACGCCUUCUCGGCGGAGCACGCCCGCGUGAUUUCCUCAGGCUGGUGCUCCACCGUUGGCAUGGCGGGCUUCCAUCUCGGCGGCGGUCACGGGCCCUUCGCACCGUCCAUGGGCCUUGGCGUCGACAACCUGCUGGAGCUGGAAGUGCUGCAGGUCGGCCGCGACGCCUACGGCCAGCCCGUUGUCCACAAAAAGGUUGCCAGUCGCCGCCAGGACCCGCAGCUCUUCUGGGCCAUACGCGGCGGCGGCGGCAGUGUCUGGGGCGUGGUCCUCUCCAUGACGAUCCGCGCCCACACUGUGCCUGACGGCGGCCUUAGCCGCGUCGCUAUGGUGCAGAACGGCACUUUCUGCCCGGACUCGCAGAAGUUUGGCUACGAGUGGCUGCGCGGCAUGUGGACUCGCUUCAGCGCGUGGCAGCUGAAGCUCAACCAAAAAGUCAGCACACAGCCCGGCUUCUUCAUCAACACCACCCUGUACAAGCCGGGUGAUCUCUGCAGUGUCACGUGGCAGUUCAGCUUUGAGUACUUUUAUGCUGGUGCGCAGACAGAGCAAGAGUAUGUUUUGGUCCGCGACGGCCUCAAGGACGUGCUGCAAACCGAGAGCGUGCAGGAGACCAACUUCAAGUCGGCCUAUGAGUACCUCCUCUCCAUGCCGCCCGACAAGUUUGGCCUCGCCGCUGCGAACCCGCUGCCAGAGCCGCACCCUCCGUCGGACGCAGCCACGGGCUCUCAGAACUCGGUCUUCGUCUCGCGCCAGGCCAUGCAAACACAGUUCGCCUCGACCAUGAUGAACGUUCUGGAUAUAUGCGUCGCCUCGCUGAAGAACCCCGACCCGACGUCGCCAGAUUCCACGGGCCGCCGCUGCGGAUUCCACUACCUCUACACGUCGCUGACGGGUAAUCUGGGCAGCCCGCAGCCCGGUGACACGGCCAUUUCGCCGGGCUUCCGCUCGGCUCUCAUGCUGUGGAAUGCGCGUACCCUGACAACGCAGCAGGCCAACGACACGCUGUAUCGGCUAGGGCCGAACAGCUAUUUCUCGGAGAGCUCGUAUGUGAUGCACAACUGGACGGCGAGGUACUGGGACCAGAAGUCGUACGAGCAGUUGCUUGCUGUGAAGAAGGCGCAUGACCCGGGCAAUCAUUUCUGGUGCCACCACUGUGUCGGUGAUAAUCCGGAUGAUGCGUAUGGGAUGCCAAUGCGUGCUGCGGUAGGCAACGCUUCGGAUAGCAGGUUGCAGUAGUAGUUGUGUUGGCUACGUUUGAUGUUCUGACGUGCGAAUACGUGGGACCACGCUGGGCUGCGUACAAUCCGUAGCGCAGCGUGCGGCCCAGAUGAGGUCGCAGCGACACUUGUGAGUAUCGCAGAGUACCGGGCCGUCGCGAAGAUGUCAGGAGAGACCAGCUUCCAGCAAUUAGAGCAUAUGACGUACGCAGAGCGCUUGCUUCCUAUGCUGUUAGCCGAAGACGAAGUUGGCCAACCUGGAGAUAGCUGACGAGACCUUACACAAUUACCUAAGUUUUUGAGAUCCUCGGUAUGGAGACGGUCUAACUGGAGAGCA